UCUACUCCCUUUUCUCAAGUUUCUUGAGUAGCUGCUAGAUCAGAUUUUUUCUUUUCUCUGUAACCUAAAGGAGAUAACGGUGGAUCAACGCUCCCUCAGCUUUAAUGGCUCCAUUUCUGUUCCUGUUGUUAUUUCUCUCUGGAGCAGCUUCUGACCUGAUUGUGGUAACAGUGCCUGGAGAUGAUGUCAUUCUACCAUGUCAGGCUGAUGAUUCCUCCAUCAGAGCUGUAGAGUGGAGCAGACCUGACCUGGAGCCAGAUACCGUCCUCUUAUACAGAGAUGGACAAUUGGAUCCAACCCUCCAGCAUCCAUCCUUUAAGGACAGGGUGGAGCUGGUGGACAGAGAUCUGAAGGACGGAGACGUGUCUUUAACUCUGAAGAAUGUGAGCAGACACGACGCUGGGGAAUACGAGUGUGGAGUUGAAACCGAUGACCACAUCACAACCAUGAGAACCAUCAGAAUCAACAGAACCGUCAAAAUAAUCAGAACCAUCUAUCUGCAGGUUACAGAGCCAGCAGGUUCUGAGGAUGGAAACUCCUCUCCUGUAGGCCGAUACGUUGGACUGGCAGCAGGUGUUCUGCUUCUUGUAGCUGCUGCAGUGGUUGGUGUCCUGAAAUAUAAAAGACACAAGGACAAGAGAUCAGGACCACCUGCUGUUGAUGUUGAGGCAGGACACUGAGUAGGUCCUCUAAAAACUGAGGAGACUGAAUUUCCGUUUCGUCUGUACCUCAGUUCAGCUACAUGGUGUCACGGACUAGCGCAAAAGUCUGGAGUUGACGGAAGUAUGUCAAAGCCUCGGCUGUGAACGGUUUCAUCUCCUACAAGUUCUUCUCAAUAAAAGUCCUCAGUUAUUUUGGUAUUUUAAUGUUUUUAUUAUGAAGCAGCAAAAUCCGGAAAUGUUGGGGAUUCAUUAGCAGUAACAUAACACGACUCCUAUAAGCUUUGUGUAUUUUUACUUAACAACAGCAUUCUUUGACAAAAGCUGUCCAAUCCAUUACAAGGAAUGUUUUACAAUCCACCUGCCACUAUGGCUGGUGUACAAGGCAAAGUCACCCCCCACUGGGUGCUAAUUUCCCACCCUGGUGUGAUGUAUGUUCUUCAUGUUAUGUCUGUCGGUGUCUGAUGUAGGGACUAUCUGUUUGUAUCAGAUCAAAAUGUCCUGUCAUGAAGUGCCUUGUGACUGUGCUACAAACCAAACAGUAAGACAUAACAGUUAUCUACUACUACUACAACUACUAUCACUGUAUUGUACUGCAUGUCUUUGGACUUGAGUUACUGUAAAUGGACUGCAUUUCUAUAGUGCUUUUUUAGUCUUAAUGACUACUCAUAGAGCCUAAAACACUAUUCACACACUGAUGUCUUGCCUGAGGACAGUUGGACAUGUAGCCUACAGGGCCCUCUGACCUUCCAGGUGGUAGAUGACCACUCUACCACCUGGGCUGCCCCCGAGCUCUUUGCUAUGCCAACUUGACAUUAACCAAGACAACAUAAAUAAAUG